GUCUUAACAUUGUCAUCCUUCCAAUCAAAAAUCAAAGAAGUAAAGGCCGGUUUUAUGCGAUAUUAUCUUCUUUAGUUUGUUGUAAACCCAUUCGUGAAUCGUGAUUGAAUUUUCAUGUUGACUGUUUCUAAAUCCUUCACCCCACUAGCAAUUCUGUUGAUAAGCUGCUUGGGUUUGAAUAUUUUGUGUUAUUGAUUCUGGGGAUUAAUGUUAUGCAUGAUGAUUCAGUCGGGUCUGGUCUUGUGAUUUUGAGAUGAUCCUCAUGGAUGGAUGGCUUUUGGGAAAGCAAGAGAUGGAAAGAGGGUGAAUAAAUAGAAAGAAGGCAGGGUCAAGGCUCUGAACGCAUAUGUUAGGCAAGUAUAGGCUUUCGUGAAUUUAACAUGCGUUUUUAGUGGUUUGUCUUUGAGUGCUUAGUUUGUUGAAUUCCUUUGGGCUAGAAUUUUAUGUUAGAAAGUGACUGUCUUCCCACCACACAAGUCACGGGCCUGGUUUGUAUACCGUUUCUAUUCAUAGUAUUUCUUUCUCAUAAUUUAUAGUAUAUUAAUAAAUUCAUUGCCUAAUUUUGGUAAUGGUACUCCUGUCACAUGCCAAACUUUCUAAAUGGAAUACGAGUACAAAUGUAAUAAUUCUUCACUCAACAACAACUAUAGUUAAAGACAAGGCAUCGUAGUGUUCCUCUGAGAAGAAAUUCAUUGGGAAAAUAAUCGGAAUUGAAGAAAAUCAAGUUAUAUUUCUAAAAUCUAUUUGCUUUAGCCUUUAGCGAGAAAUUCGUCAUGAAAAUUGAAAAAGCCUAAAGCAUCUUUUGUUGAAGUCAGUAGUAAUAUUAAAAAACAGAAAACCCUUUUGACAAGAAAAUCCGAAUUAUGAGACCCUUUUGACAAGAAAUCAAUAAAACAAUAAAACAAAAAGGGGAUAAACUGAUCGAUUCACUUAGAAAUUCAAAAUUCCUUUAUCUAACUAGAGGCACUCUCUCCCCUGUUAGCUCCACUCAAAAAUCCACCCAUCAUGGCUCCAAUCAAACCCAGCUUUGUUUUUCUAAUCAUCAUACUUUUUAUAGCCGCAGCCCUAGCUACAAAGCCCCACGUCAUCAAUUUCCGAUGGCGCAACCUCUACCCAGAAGGCAUGGCCUGGGACCCCCCCACGCCGCACUUCAUCGUGGGCUCCCUAAGCCACCGCUCCAUCCAUUCCGUUUCCGAUGCAGGCGUUAUUGAGGUAAUCUCCGAUCCAACCCUCCCAGAAAACGUCACUGUCUUAGUCGCCGUAGAUUCAACCAAAAAACGCCUCCUCGCUUGCCUCCACUCCGCUCCUCCUCUCCCUCCUUUCAACGCCCUCGUCGCCUACGACCUCCGCACCCGCCGCCGUCUCUUCCUCUCCCUCCUCCCCUCCGACCCCGAUUCCAACAUCGCUUCCAUCGGUCGUGGGCGGGACGUGGCCAACGACGUCGCGGUGGACUUCAGAGGCAACGCUUAUGUCACCAAUUCAGUCGGAAACUUCAUCUGGAAAGUCAACGCAAGCGGAGAGGCGUCGAUUUUUUCAAGAUCUCCGGCUUUUAGCCGUUACGCAUCUGUCAUGGAUCAAAACGAACCGUUCAACGAUUGCGGGCUGAAUGGAAUCGCUUACGUCAGCAAGGGUUAUUUAUUGGUGGUGCAAUCCAAGGGCAAGAUGUUUAAGGUUGAUGCGGACGAUGGGACGGCGAGGGUAGUCCUGCUGAACGAGGAUUUGGUAAUGCCAGAUGGGAUAGCGAUAAGGAGGGACGGCGUCGUAUUAGUUGUUUCUACGCAAAGGUUGUGGUUUCUGAAGAGUGCUGAUAGUUGGGCAGAAGGCGUGGUGUAUGACAAAACUGCCCUUGAUGUGGAAGGCUCUGCUACCUCGGUGGUGGUGGGUGAGGAGGAUAGGGUGUACGUGUUAUAUGGGCAUGUGGUGGAGGGAAUAAUGGGGAACGGGGAAGGGAGGGAAAGGUUUGAAAUAGUGAGGGUGAGGUCCGAGAAGGAGAGCGGCGAGGAACAUGUUUGGGUUUUUGUUUUGGUAGGGUUGGGUUUGGCUUAUUUCUUGUUCUGGAGGUUUCAAAUGAGGCAGCUUGUCAAAAACAUGGACAAAAAGAUCAAUUGAUUUGCUUGCCCUUUGUCUCAUUUUUUUGUAAUUUAUAUGUAAGACGAUUUCCACAUGCUACUCUCUUUGCACUAAUACCUUUCAUGAUUUCAAUGCAUUCUUCUACAUUUUUAUCUUAA